UAAACCCCAUAUGACUAAUUUCAUAGCACAAGUGUCUAUAAUUAACAAUGGAGCUACCAAGAGACAUUGAAUUACAUUUAGUUCGCUAAAUAAUCCGCAACAUGAUUUGGUUUGCAAUGGACUUGUAACACCUAAAAAAUUUCGACCCUAGUCCAUAAUCAUGAGUCUAGUCUGAUGGAUAAUAAGAAAUUAUUCAGCCGUGAUCCCUCAUAAUUCACUCAUAUAUCUUUUGUCAUCUUUGUUUUAACCUUUCUUCGUACUGAACAAUUUAAUACAACUCAAUACCACGUUGCAUAUGUUGCAUAUCCAUGACAUUCAUCUUUACUCCUUUUCUUAUUGCUAAUUUUCAUCUUUGGCCACACUUGAAUUACAUGCUUGCAUAGCAUAUCUUCCCUAUUUCAUCACACUGGAUACUGACGACUAAGAUUUUAAAAGACUGAAUAAGGCUUCUGUUGAGCGGGCUUUUACUCAGUGGAGGGGGCAGUAGAUCUGCAAAUCGAUUACAAGCCCAGAGCUAAUUUGUCACAUUCUAGAAGUGAAAAUGAGCCUGUAAAUUCGAAUCCCGGGAAGCGGGCCGGGCCCAAAGGGGCAAUUCCGUAAUAAUAUCAGUUCGUUUUAAUUCUCAGUACCACUGUACCAGAAUUUCCAAACGCAGCGGCUGAGCUUUCGCUCGUCAGUUUCUUCGAUUCAUCGAGCACGAACGAACGAAACCAACAAUGGCUGCCGAAUCCGAGGUGGAGAAGAUGGCGGCGGUAAAGCAGGCUUACGCUGAGAUGAUUUACAACCUGGAGAAGCAAUCGGCGGUUCGAGAAAUGGCCGCCGAGAUGCGAGCUCAUCGGCUUCAGCAGGACAUCUCUGCUACGAACAAAGAAUCCCUUCGCUUGCUUGUUCGUUUCAAGCGGAUGAUCGAUACCAAAGCUACUGAAGCAAAGAUGGCAUUUACACGAAGACAGAGCAAGAUUGAUGAACUUGAAGAACAAUUAGAAGAGGCUGAGGGUAUCAUAGUAGAUGUUAGAGCAGAGUUGAAAUGGGUUCGAGAUAAGCUGGACAAGGUGAGAAAUAACCGAUGCCAUCCUUCUGUGGAACAAAACGUGGAGGAAAAUUUCUCAAAGGCAAGGCCUGGAAUUAGUAAUACAUCACCCAACUCGCCUUUGCAACUUGCAAUAAAUUCUGGCUUGGAUUACAUAGAUAAUAGAGCCUCACUGAAUGGCCAAUUGGUUGUCCCUCAAAUUGAGAAUGUUUCCUCUGGUAGUCCUGAAUCAUCAUUGACUAAAAUGGGAAUGGACGAGUUCGAGAUUAGUAGAAGUGACCAGACAAUCAAAAUGCUGGAUGGCAGUCCUGGAGAUUUGAUCAAUAGGCGGGGUCUCAUUAGGAAUGAGUUGGUGAGUACAACGAAUAGUCAAGCUGCAGCGGACUGCCACGUUGUAAGGACUGCAGGAAUACAAAGGAGCUUCUAUCCGGAUGACCUAAAGUACAAUGGGAUCAGGAGAUCACGUCGAAGAAAGGCUCGGUUUGGAAAAAGUAAAGCUAAGUGCAGGUCCUUACAAAGUAAGCUCAUCCUAAAACCCUAUCAGCCACCUUCUAUUUUCUCGUGGAAGAAAACUAGUUCAGCCAAUGGGAACGCUAAACCCUCUUCAGACUUUGGGGUGAUUGACAUGAAGGGUUCCGGUGAAUUGGCAGAAAUCUCAAAGCACAAUGGUGGGUGUUUUAAGAAUGAAAAGUUAAUGUUAUCUGGUGAGCACUCUCAAGUUUGUCAACGCUCGACACUUGGCCAAUGCAGGACUUUUGCAUUUCAACUCUUCGGCAAUGCUAAAUCAGGUGAUGGUCGGUCAAAGGUAACUGAUACUGUAAUUAACUUGAAGACAUUACCACGUCUAGAUCCGGGAUUGACACUAAUCAAAGGUGGAGUGAAUCAUCCAUCUAGAUCUAGAAGCAUUACACUAAGUACGAAGGUCCUUCAAAGAGGUGGUGGACUCCAAGAUGAUACAAACAAUAGCAUGGAGUUAGGCUAUCAAUCAGUUAGCUUGGGACAAGGCAGGGAAUGUGUCAGUUAGAAGUGAUGUGGGAGUGAGACGAUCUGCAGAAACUAUGACAGCAGUGCAUCUUCCAAGUUCUGACAUGAACUACGAUGAGAAGGUACCAAAGAAUAUUAGUGAAUGUCAUCAUCAGACCAACAAGAAUGAGAUACAAAUGUUCCACAAGAAAUGCAAGAAGGAUGCACCAUCCAGUUCUGAUCAGGGCGGCUCUUUUGGAGUUAGUACUUGGAAACGAAAAUUAGAUAAGAAUCCAACACAUUAUCUUGAAUCAUAAAAAGCUGGAUUGAUAAAGGAAUCAUCUAACGAAGUCGACUGCUAGUUGAAGUAGCUCACCAGGUUGGAUUUCCUAUACUCCAAUUCAUUCACUGCUAGCUGCGCGCAUCGUUAAUCUUCCUCCUCGACUUUGCUGCUCUUGAAGGUAUUCUAGCUGAAUAUCAGAAGUACACUAAAGUCUCCUCCAUAAACCAACAGGGCUGAACCGUUGUAGUUAAUUGUCUAUCAAUGGCACAUGCAUGCUCAGUGCUCAGUGCUCCAAAUGCCCGAACUAACUCUCCCGACCCUUCCUCUCUUAACCUUCAUUUUUUGCAGCUCGUUUCCUUAUCUUGAUUUCGUGGCUCCUGAUUUCCACCGGAGGAAAGUUUGAGAAUGCAACGAAUGUCCAAGCCUACCUCCACCAGAAUUUCUUCACACUGACGGAAAUACCUUCCAGCACGGUACGAGAGUUCUUAUACCUCAUUUUUAUCUAUGUCUUUCGUGAAGGGAGUAAGGCAAGGCACAGUCGAGGUCUUUCUUCUAACAUAGGGCCUCCCUCAUGGCUCUUCCACAGGUCUAUCAUUACAUAGUGACUUAGUGAGGUUGCUGCCUACAUAUAAACACCACAGAUAGUUUGAGGAACCCAGUUGAUCGACCAGCUGGAUACUUACAUUUGUACCUUAGACUUGCAUAAUUCAGUCCGUCUUUAGCUGUCGUAGAGUUGGGUUGUGGUCUUGUGGAAUGUGGGGAUGUUUGGAGGAAUUGGCGGGAAAGGUAUGGAUAUUUGAUUUCGAGAGGACACAUAGAGGUAAAAUGGGUGCUUAUUAACUAUGUAUUCAGAUCACUUGUCGCUCUCUCUCUACUGGUUUUGUUGUUCCGUUUACAGCGACCGGCGGUGACGGAGGGAAUAAUGGAUGGGGGAGAAAUGUAGGGUCGUUUUCUGUCCGUCUGUGGGCGACCAAAACAGGCGUGCUUUGGCCUUUGUGUGGUAGCGUCACGGUUCAGUCCUUCUUUUGUUUAUGCAUCCCGAAGCUUAGAAAGUAGGAAGACAUAUUCUUCUGCUUCUGCCUGCUAAAGGUGACUUGGAAUAAACUUUGGAUCCAAUACAUGAGUACUUUUUGGUUGCAUAUCAUCAUUGGUGCCUGCCAUGCAUUCAAUCCCUAAAGGAAGUGCUGCUAGCUUUGCUUUGUUUGAAGAGGAAAUCAUCGCUUACUGCUUCCUGGUAGAAAGUAAACGUACAACGUGGCUGCCUAGGUUGUAAUUGUAAGAGAGAGAUUUGCUCAGUUGGUUAGAGGCUGCUAAACUUGGCAAAGCUCUUCAAUCUUUGUUUUAUGGUUCAUUAUCAGUGCUCUAAACAACAAUGGUAAAAAAAAAAAUGUAUGUAUGGACAACCCUUCUUUCCUUUCGUUAACUCUCUUCAAGCACUUGUGAGGUUUUGUAUUUGGUUGUUUGCUGAUGCUUUCUAUCGAUUUCUCCUAAACAGUAGUACUUAAGCCCAUGCUACAACGAAAUGUGUUUUUUUUUUUCUUUCGUGGAUAAUGACAAGAACAUCUCAUCUGUAUUAGCUAACGAAAGUAAAUUCCUUCAUUGUGA